AUGACUUCCUUUUGGGCGCAUCCGUUCUUUGACACGGCCCGCGCGAUCCUCGAUGCUGCCCCGAACCAGUGGAUCCCGUACGCUCUCGGCCUGCUACUGGGAUACCCGCUACUGACCAGGUCGCUUCGGUACCAGCGAUUGCGACAGCUAUAUCGGAAGUACCCCUAUACAACCCGGGAGUCCAUGGCCAAGAUGACCGACGACGAAGCGUUCGAGAUCCAAAAGUCCGUCGCGCAGCUGGAGUUUCCGUUCAUGUUUGUCAAAUCCCUCCAGUUUGCCCUGUUCCGAACCUAUGGUAUCCCGACCAUCUCGCACGUCCUCACUAAAACCAGCCAGUUCUCCAACCCAGAGACCUCGCUCAAGCGCUACACCGACACCAGCGCUCUGGUCCAAGAAAUGGUCGGCAACAGCCCGACCUCACAGCGUGCGUAUCUCGGCCUUGCCCGUACUCGCUUCCUGCAUAGCGGAUACCGUGCCUCGGGCACCAUUCUCGAUUCCGACAUGCUGUACACGCUAGCUCUGUUUGCGCUGCAGCCGAUUCACUUCAUCGCCAGCUUCGAGUGGCGCGCCCUGUCCGAUCUAGAGCGCUGUGCCAUCGGUACCUUCUGGAAGAGCGUCGGCGAUGGCCUCGGCAUUAGCUACGAUGCCUUACCAUCCGGCCGCACCGGCUUCACGGACGGCUUGCACUGGCUAGAUGAACUGGCGGUGUGGAGCGAUGCCUAUGAGGUGCGCUGCAUGUUACCGGACCCUAAGAACCGCCAGACAGCCGAUCAGACUACGCGCGUGCUAGUGUAUAUGCUACCCAAAGUGCUGCACCCCAUUGGGCUGCAGUUUGUCUCGUUUAUGAUGGAUGACAGGUUGCGCAAGGCGAUGCUGUAUGUCUGGGAGAGGAUUUUCAAAUCUUCUCAACUUUACCUCCCUCAUUCUCCACUCCUUUGCCCUCUCUCUCUUCUUGUAUUCAUGAUAACGAAAUGCUUAUUCUUGCCUAGCUACGAUCCACCAUCACCCUUCUUCUCGUCCCUUUUCUCCACUCUGCUCGGCAUCCGCAAGUUUGUGCUGCGCCAUCUGGCCCUCCCGCGGCCGCGCUUCUUGCGUUACUCGACAUUUACGGAUGAGCCGGAUGAGAACAAUCGAUUCUUCCUGACCGAGUGGGAGGCCGCCCCGUAUUAUGUCAAGCCGACAUUUUGGAACCGCUGGGGGCCGAUGGCGUGGCUGACCCGGAUACUAGGUCGUCCGGUGCCUGGUGAUGAGGGCAAUAAGUACUAUCCCGCGGGAUAUGAGAUCCAGGACAUUGGGCCCAAGUAUUUCGAAGGUAGGGGGAGGAAAUCUAUUGAGACAAUGAUGGAGGAACUGAAAACGGUCCGAACGGGCAAAUGUCCGUUUCAUUGA